GUGUUUGUAGUCUGAAAUGCUCUUCUCUCCAUAUUUUUCAUUAUUUUGAUCUUUGAUUUAGAAAAAUAAUAAUCCUUUAAAUGACUAUAUAACAAUGUUGACCAACGGGCUUCACUCGAAGCUUCUCACACGAAAUCUUGCGAGACAAACUCGUUUUUGCCMGGCAGCACUGCUGUCUUUAUACUCCGGUGUGAAUCAUCGAUCAGAGCUCAAAAAGAAAGCUAAAAGAGUUAUAGUAAAGCUUGGAUCUGCUGUGAUUACACGAGACGAUGAAUGUGGAGUAGCUUUGGGAAGAAUUUCGUCCAUUGUUGAACAGCUUGCUGAGCUGCAGAAUGCAGGACGUGAAAUGCUGCUAGUAACAAGUGGAGCAGUCGCAUUUGGUAAACAAAAGUUACGRCAUGAAAUAAARUUAUCACAAAGUGUAAGACAGACUCUGAAAGCAACAGAUUUAGUUAAGAUCAAUCCAUUUAUUGAACCAAGAGCUUGUGCUGCYGUUGGUCAAGGAGGUCUGUUAUCGUUAUAUGAGGCAAUGUUCUCCCAGUAUGGACUCACUUGUGGACAGAUUCUACUUACCAAGCCUGAUAUGAGAGAUGCACAGCUCCGAGAGAAUCUUCGAACAACAGUGGAAGAACUAGUGGCUAUGAACUGUGUGCCAAUCAUCAAUGAAAAUGAUGUUGUGGCCCCUCCUCCCGGAAUGGAUCAAGACCUAGCAGGGAUGAGGACUUCACCGGUCAUCAGUCUAAAGGACAACGACAGCCUUGCUGCUUUGCUUGCUGUUGAACUUAAAGCUGAUCUCAUGAUACUAUUAUCAGAUGUCAAUGGUAUCUACACAGGACCCCCAGACAAGCCAGAAUCAGUUCUUAUUCACACAUUCCAUCCAGAUAACUUCAAAGAUGUACAGUUUGGUACCAAGUCCAGGGUUGGCCGUGGAGGCAUGGAAUCUAAAGUGAGGUCAUCAGUCUGGGCUUUGGAAAGAGGCACAUCGGUUGUGAUAGCCAAUGGAACUGGAGAGGAUUACCAUAUCAUACGAGAUAUCAUCAAUGGUCGUAAUAUUGGGACAUUCUUCACGUUAGCAGAACAAGUUGGACCAUCUGUUGAAGACCAGGCAUCUAAAGCAAGACAAGGAGGACGAGCUUUGCAGAGUUUGACACCUGAGCAAAGAAGUCAGAUUAUUUACCGGCUAGCAGAUCUUCUAUUAGAACGCAAGACUGAAAUCUUAGAUGCUAACACACUGGAUCUUGAUGCAGCACGUGCACAGGGUAAACUCCCUGCUCCGUUAAUAUCACGACUUCUKCUUACACCAAACAAGCUAGAAUCUCUAGCUAAAGGCCUGAAGCAAAUAGCCAAUUCAUCCCAUGAGAAUCUGGGUAGAGUGCUUAAAAGAACAAAAAUAGCAGAAGGUUUGGAGUUAUCACAGGAGACCGUGCCUAUUGGUGUUUUAUUGGUGAUUUUUGAAUCAAGACCUGACGCUUUACCACAGGUUGCAUCACUUGCUAUCAGCACUGGGAAYGGUUUACUGCUCAAAGGUGGCAAAGAAGCUUAUCACAGUAAUAGAUGUUUACAUGGUUUAGUACAAGAAGCMUUGUCCAUGUUUGUUCCACCAGAGGCUGUUAGUCUGAUCAGCACACGGGAUCAGAUUGGAGAUUUACUAAAACUUGAUAAGGAAAUUGACCUUGUUGUCCCAAGAGGGUCCUCAGAAAUGAUCCGUGAUAUUCAACAAGCAAGUAAAGGUAUUCCUGUAUUAGGCCAUGCUGAAGGAAUCUGCCAUGUCUAUCUGGACAGAGAUGCAGACAUUGAGACAGCAGUCAAAGUUGUYGUAGACUCAAAGUGUGAUUACCCAGCAGCCUGUAAUGCUAUGGAAACCCUCUUGAUACACCGUGAUUUGAUAAAUACCAACACUYUAAAUAAAGUUACUGCAGCCCUUAGUGAAAGAGGGGUUAAAGUAAAUGCAGGUCCCCGUAUGGUAAAAACACUCCCCAUUGCCCCAGUUGCUGCCAAGUCAAUGCAGAUGGAAUACAGUGCUUUGGAGUGCGCUAUAGAAGUAGUUGAUGGAGUAGAUGARGCCAUCAAACAUAUACAUACUUUUGGUAGUUCACAUACAGAUACCAUAGUAACAGAAAACGAGGAGACUGCUCAGAAGUUUUUGAAUACCGUGGACAGUGCAUGCGUGUUUCAUAAUGCAAGUACACGUUUCGCUGAUGGUUAUCGGUUUGGACUUGGUGCUGAGGUAGGAAUCAGUACGUCACGUAUUCACGCACGUGGACCUGUUGGUGUUGAAGGGCUUCUUACGACWAAGUGGAUUUUACGUGGGGAGGGACACGCAGUAAGCGAUUUUGCUGAAGGAGGUCGAUGUACUUACGUACACGAGAGUCUCCCAUUACAUGCGGAGAUUGAACUCUCGAGUGACAGUUCUAGCGACGACGAACCAGAGAUYCCUAAGGAAGCUCACUGAAGGAAAAAUACACAAAAAGGACGAGAUGAAAACUAUAGAUAUAAUAGAUAAGUUAUUAAAAAAGGUUUACUUUCAAUUGGGAAAGCAUAGUAAGGCUAAUAGUAGUAGCCUUGACACUCAUUGCUUUUCCUUGUUUAUUAUCAACUAGCACAAACUAGCUAGUCAUUWUCUUAACCGAACGAAAGAAGGGUUAGGGAUUAUGAAUUACAAACCGUGAAAWACRAAGUACAGUUUCACGGUUACACUGCUUGCACAAUAAUCAUAAGGCGUGAGGGUAUUAGAGUUSUUUCCAUAAACCCAUGAAAUAGAUAUUAAAACUAAAACAUUGGUCCAUUGUUUUCUUGUGUGUGUAUUGGACUACCUAAAAAACCGUGAAACAAAUCUUAACCGUUAAUGAGGGAUGGUCAAAUAGACACACGAAAGGGAACAAUGGGUACUAGUGUUAUAAUGUCCAUUCACAUUAUUAUUUUUUUUUUUUGACCUCACCCCUAUGAUAUAARAAGUUUUAAACCGAAAUAUUUAGUCUUUCUUCCACUAUUUAUUGUUAAAGUUUCAUAUAUAUUUUCAUAUUACGCCWGAAAUGUAAAGAACUACUUUUCAACUCAGAAAUAUUCUACCAAGAUAUAUAAGAGUACAAUUUGCGCAGAUGAAACAUUUUAGAUGUAAAUUAUUUGAGGGUUUUUUGAGUGCAGUGAAAAGUAUCGAUGUCCUCUACUGUAAUGUUUAAAAGCUAAAGUAUUUCAGUUAACUAGUUUAUUUARUCUGACAAAAUCUCAAGAAAAGGAAAACAAAGUGCGGAAUCUAAGUCAAUGUAGCGAGAAAUAAAAUGGUGAGAGAUUUGCUAUAAUUGUCCUAUAUUUUAUCUUGAUUUUUCAAUUAUUUARCUAAACUUAUUGACUUCAGUAUACAAAAAAGUCUAUUUUCGGUGAUUUGGUUGGUUUAAUUAAUAACACAAAAGGAAUGAAGACGAGGCUCUUGGAAGACGAUGGAUACUCCUUUUGUCCCCAGAGUCUCGUCUUAAAUGCUUUUGUAAGUAUAUAGAAAGURGGCUAUUAAAGAACGUUGCAUUAGGCAUAAGA